CUUGAUCAGAAGACUGGUAGCUUCCUGUGGGGAGCUUCCUUUUUAUCCCAGAAGUCCAUUCCAUACAUUUUGGAGAAGACUCUUCAAACAGCUGCAGAUCUGUCCUGAGAAUAAAGCAGCGGAGCACCAGAUCUCUACCAAGAUGACAUCCACCGCCAUGAAUAUCCUCCUUUGUCUGUUGAUUGGUUUCCCUGUUCUGAAGGGAAAUGACACUACAGAUAAACCCGACCCCUUUAAUUAUGAUUGGAAGUCGCUCCGUAUUAGUGGUAUGGUGUGUGCAGGCAUUCUGUGUUUUCUGGGAAUUGUUGUCCUCCUGAGUGGAAAGUGCAAAUGCAAGCCCAAAAGGAACCGCAGCGCUCACAGUGGGGUACCGAAGCAACCCCUUACAGGAGCCAGCGAGUGCUGAACGGAGGUCCUUCCCACGAUACCACCGGCCCUGACUGUUCUCGGUGAAACGGCCCUCCACCCUGACCAAUAAGCCACCGACUUCUUUUAUUGCCUUUUCUUCUUACAUUACUUUUGUGAAAUAAAAUCUCACUGCCAGGUUAGAAAGGAAUAAUGCCCCCAAUAUAUGAACAACUUCACGCUGAAAUAGGAUUGCUCGGCCACCAGAAUGAGUAGAGAUCUGCUUCGUGGGCAGUGGUUGGCUUAACUCUGAUUUAUUAACGGAACAA